UGCUUUUCUAAGCCAUCUGACAUCAAGGGCAGGCAACAGACUCUAUAUAAUAAGACUGGGCUGGGCAGAGACAGCAAACAAGUCACGGGGCAGAGGAGAUGGCCAGCUGUCUAGGAACCAUUUGGAACUGGAGAUUGCAUCAUGUGCUCUUCAGAACAGCCCAGUUCCUUUGUUUCAGUGUCUUAAUCUCAGAACUAAUUAGUCAGAAAGAAGUUGUCGCGUGGACUUAUCACUACAGCCUCAAAGCGUACUCAUGGAAUAAUUCUCGUGCUUACUGCCAAAGGCACUUCACGGAUUUGGUAGCCAUCCAGAAUCAAAAUGAAAUUGUUUACCUCAAUGAUGUCAUCCCUCAAUACAGCUCGUACUAUUGGAUUGGAAUCCGGAAGAUUGACAAUAAAUGGACCUGGGUGGGGACCAAAAGGACUCUCACUAAGGAGGCAGAGAACUGGGCCGAAAAUGAGCCCAAUAAUAAGAAAAACAAUCAGGACUGUGUGGAGAUCUACAUCAAGAGCCCCACAGCCCCAGGCAAGUGGAAUGAUGAACCCUGUUGGAAAAGGAAGCGGGCUUUGUGCUACACAGCCUCCUGCCAGGACCUGUCCUGCAGUCAGCAAGGAGAGUGCAUUGAGACCAUUGGGAACUACACCUGCUCCUGCUACCCUGGAUUCUUUGGACCAGAAUGUGAAUAUGUAACUGAUUGUGGAGAAUUUGACCUCCCUCAACAUGUGCUCAUGAACUGCAGUCAUCCUCUGGAAAAUUUUUCUUUCAACUCACAGUGCAGCUUCCGCUGCACCCAAGGGUACAAACUGAAUGGACCCAGCAAGCUGGAAUGUUUGGCUUCUGGCAUCUGGUCAAAUAAACCCCCAGAGUGUGUAGCCACCCAGUGCCCACCCCUGAUGACUCCAGAAAAUGGAAGAAUGACUUGUCUUCAGGCUGCAAGAACAUUCCAGUACCAGUCCAGCUGCAGUUUCAGUUGUAAAGAGGGAUUUACAUUAGUGGGACCAGAGAUGGUGCACUGCAUGGCCUCAGGGAUAUGGACAGCCUCAGCCCCUGUGUGCAAAGCCAUCACAUGUGAGCCACUGGGGAUUCCUGAUUAUGGAAGUACGGACUGCUCCUUCACACCAUCCCAGUACAACAGCAGCUGCAGCUUCCAAUGUGCAGAAGGCUUUCUUCUUCAAGGAGCUGACAAGGUUUGGUGCACUGGCAUAGGGCAGUGGACAGCACCUGCCCCAGUCUGCCAAGCUUUGCAGUGCCAGGAUCUCCCUUCUGUGAAAAAGACCCAGGUAAACUGUUCCCACCCCCUGGGGGCCUUGAGGUACCAGUCAACCUGCAGCUUCACCUGUGAUGAUGGCUUCCUCCUGUCUGGGGCGAGUGUGCUGCACUGCCUGGCUAGUGGGACCUGGAGUGCUCCUCCUCCAGAAUGCCAAGCCAUCACCUGCACACCUCUGCAAAGCCCUCAGAAUGGGACAAUAACCUGUGUCCAGCCUCAUGGGGAUUCUAGUUAUAUGUCCAGAUGUCUCUUCACCUGUGAUGAGGGAUUCUUUUUAUCCGGACCAGAGAGAUUGGACUGCACACUAUCUGGACACUGGACAAGUUCCCCACCUAUGUGUGAAGUCAUCAGGUGCCCAGAGUUACUUGUCCCAGAGCAGGGCAGCCUACAUUGCUCAGGCCCUCUUGGAGAAUUCAGUGUUGGCUCCACCUGUUAUUUCUCCUGUAACAACGGGGCUAAGCUGGAAGGGUUCGACUAUGUGGAGUGCACAGCUUCUGGAAAAUGGACAGCAUCCCCACCCACCUGCAAAGUAGGAGUAGUCUCCACUAUUAAUACUGAUGUGCAGUGCCCAGCCCUCCUCAUUCCUGAGCAGGGGUCGAUGUCCUGUCAGCAUCAUCUGGGACUCUUUGGUUGGAAUACUACUUGUUACUUUGGCUGCAAAACUGGAUUCAUGCUCCUGGGAGAUAGUACUCUCCAAUGCAGACAUCCUGGACAUUGGACAGCGGGAACACCUACAUGCAGAGCUAUCAGAUGUUCUGGACUGCAUGUUACUGAGCCAGUUAUGAUAAACUGCUCCAACCCCUGGGGAAAUUUCAGCUAUGGUUCAACCUGUAACUUCAACUGUCCAGAGGGACAACUACUCCAAGGAUCCUCGAAGGCAGUCUGCCAAGAUAAUGGCCAAUGGUCAACUUCCAUGCCAACCUGCCAAGCAAGACCACUGACUAUCCAGGAAGCGCUGAGUUAUUUUGGGGGAGCAGUAGCUUCAGCUACAGGUUUGGCAAUAGGUGGUACUCUCCUGGCUCUUCUGAGAAGACGUUGCAGACAAAAAGAUGAUGGGAAAAGCCCCUUAAAUCCUCACAGUCACCUGGGAACAUACGGAGUUUUCACAAAUGCAGCAUUUGACUCCAGCUCAUAAGAGAACUAUCCUUCCUCAAUUACCCUCCAUAAGAUCCUAGUUUUAAACACCAGGAUUCCUGUUAGACUUGACUUUGACUGUAAUAUAUUUGCUACAAUUUUCUGUGAGUAUUUCUGAAUAAGAACAUGAAACUUCCCUCUCAUGAAUGCUGAAACGGAGCAGAAGGAUUGGGACACAAACCCAACUCUCCCUCCCUACUCUGCCCUUCCUCUUUCCCCUACACAAGUUGCAAAGGCCAGGGCUGAAUGUCUCUACAGAGAUCUGUGGGUUUUGCCUGGGCUGAUAUUGCCCACUAGCCAAUGACUGAGACAUGUGAUUCAUCGGAAGACCAGACUAUGGACAAAUAAAACUGCCUCUACUCUGUUAGAAGGCAAAUGGUGUCUGUGACUUGAAGGAAUUCCUCUAUGAACUCCUGGGGUCUCCAGAGGUCACUGAUUAUGAAGACUGUUGUGAGGCUUCCAGAAAAGUCUUGGAACAGUACCAGAAACUACAGAAGUCCAAGAAUCAAGCCAGGAAGCUGCAUGCCACUGUAGAGCUUCACUCUACUAGCCACUCUCCCCCCCAGAGAACCCCCAAAUAUCACUAUUCCAAUGUGAAAUGAGAAGAAUCCCUCCCCAGAUGCAGUGUUCUGCUAUUUGGUAUUCUGUUUAAUGAUGUCUGUCUACAUUGUUCUUGCUCAUCUAUAUCCACUUAGAGAUACCCCAUUUACAAAGACACAUAAGACUAGCACCUCCAUGGAAAAUCAUCAGAGAAGCACAAAAAGUUUUCAUCACCUCUAUUGGGAAGCAUAGAUGUGUUUUAUGUGCUCCUUGCAUCACAUACUUAAUAAAUAUCUUGUUGGAUGUUA